CGUGGCUGGUUUGUGCAGUCCUGAAUGCCUGGGGGCUCUUGGCUAUCCAGGCCUGGGGGCGAGGAGAGCUCUGAGGAGGGAAAGGCUCGUUUACUCUCCAUAGAUCCGGGACCUGUGUCCUCCCUCUGAGGACAAAGGGGCACGCUCAGGCCCUGGCAGCGUCAGGCCGUCUAAGUGUUAGGGCUGCCUCCAGCAGCGAGCCUGCCUGCGCCCUCCGCGCCAGGGCAGCCCCCAGAGCUCCUCUCCCGGCGGCUGGCGCGCUCCCUAGGCAGCCCCCUGCCGGCCGGCUCCGGAACAGCAGCCAGCCCGGCAGGCAGGGAGGGGUCUCUCGCCCGGAGCAGCAGGUGCGCGGAGCGGGAGCGGCGGCCGGGGCGUCCCCAGCGCGCCGCAGGAGGAGCAUGGCUGCCCGCUAUGACCGCGCCAUCACCGUGUUCUCCCCGGACGGGCACCUCUUCCAAGUGGAGUACGCCCAGGAGGCCGUGAAGAAGGGCUCCACGGCUGUUGGAAUUCGAGGGCUGGACAUAGUUGUAUUGGGGGUAGAGAGAAAGUCUGUUGCCAAACUUCAGGAAGAAAGAACUGUGAGAAAGAUUUGUGCACUUGAUGAUCAUGUCUGCAUGGCUUUUGCAGGUCUGACUGCUGAUGCUAGAAUAAUAAUUAACAGAGCCCGUGUGGAGUGUCAAAGCCAUAAACUUACUGUUGAGGAUCCAGUCACAGUAGAAUAUAUAACACGCUAUAUAGCAUCUUUAAAGCAGCGCUAUACACAGAGCAAUGGACGUAGACCUUUUGGUAUUUCUGCCUUGAUUGUGGGCUUUGAUGAUGAUGGUAGUCCCAGAUUGUAUCAGACAGACCCAUCUGGUACAUAUCAUUCUUGGAAGGCAAAUGUAAUUGGUCGCAAUGCUAAAACUGUGCGUGAAUUUUUGGAGAAGAAUUACACAGAAGAAGCUAUAGCAACUGACAAGGAAGCUAUCAAAUUAGCAAUCAGAGCUUUGCUAGAAGUUGUGCAAUCUGGUGGAAAAAACAUUGAACUUGCAAUAAUAAGGAGAAACCAACCACUGCAGAUUUUUAGUGCAAAGGAUAUUGAAUCACAAGUUGCAGAAAUAGAGAAGGAAAAAGAAGAAUCUGAAAAGAAAAAGAAGAAAAGUAUUUAAAUCCCAGAUAAAUGCUGAUUGCUGCUUAUUAAAAUGUUUCCAAAGUUUUAACAAAUACUAGCUGACCACAAUAUUUACAGCUGCUGAAUAAACUUGUCUCUUUCAUUAUCAAAUACUCUAGUUUUCUGAAACCUGUUACAAUUACAAAUGUGCUAGUCCUAAUGUGCUUGUAUUUACUAUGGUGUGCAAACAGGCAGGUAUUUGCACCUUACCAUUCCUCCAUUUAUUUAUUGUUUACAUAUUCAGCAUUAAAAGGCAUUGUCAAACUUCCUGUAAGCAAAUUAUCACCAAACUAUUGGCACAUCUCUGUACAAGAUAUUAAAGGUUUACAAGUGUUCAAUUUUUUCUUAUGUAACUUUUUGCAAGUUUGAUAAGUCUGUGUUUACAUACUAUUACUGUUACAUAUGGAAUUCAAUAAAGUUCUGAUUUAUGUUU